AUGAUCAACGGACCUUCUGAUGUCGUUGAUGAAGGUACCGGCUCUGGCUGUGGUGGUGCCGAUGAUGGCAUUUCGGUCGGUGCUGGUGGUGUUGGCACGGCGUCGGACGUGGAUGCCGUUGCGGAUGCGGAGACCGCUGGGGGUGGCGCGAUUGAAGAUGAAGAAGAUUGCGCUGAAGAUUCUUGUGGCGGUGCCAUAGAGGGGGAAGAUGGUGAUGGUUGUGCUGAGCUUGAGGGGGCGGGUGGCAUGCUUGGUGCAGCGGAAGACGAUAGCGUGGGAGUAGGCACAGGAAACUUCGAUGUCAAAGAUGAUGGUGCGGGUUCAGUGGGUGUCGGCAUUGCUACUUCAGAAGACGAAGCUGCGAGCGUAGAGGACAAGGCCACUGAGCUUGAUAUGACUGGCUCUGGUACGGCGGAAGAAACGGGUAUUUCGGGUGCUCCACUUGGCUGUGGUGUGGCUGUCGGCAUGACUGUAGUGUACGAUGUUACGAUCACUACAGGCGGUACCUGGAGGGAUGCUGAUGGGGAUACUUCAGCCGGGGCGUUUGAUGGAGCGGGCAUGGGAGUGCCAGCCACUUCUGAUGUUGGAGAGGCUAUUGGAGCAGACUCUUGA